AUGGAUGUGGAUGACUAUUAUGAAGGAAGAAAGUUGAUAAAAAGCAUGUUAAGCAAUAGGAAAAUUCUUCUUGUCCUUGAUGAUGUGAGUGAUAUAAGCCAACUUGAAAAUUUGGCUAGAAAUCAAAGAUGGUUUGGCAAAGGGACCUUAAUAAUAAUAACAACUGGAGACAAGUAUUUGUUAUUAUCACAUGGUUUAUCUACUUCUUAUGACAUCAAAUUCUUGACCGAUGAUGAAUCUCUUGAACUUUUCCAUCAAAAUGCUUUUAAAGGAAGUAAGCCGAGUAAAGCUUUUUUGGGGCUUUCUAGAACUGUGAUUCAAAAUGCUAGUGGCCUUCCUUUGGCACUCAAAGUUUUGGGUUCUUUUUUUUGUGGAAGAACUAUAGAGAAAUGGAAGGAUGCGCUUGCUAAGUUGAAGAAGGUUCCUCCAAAUAGCAUUUUGAAGAUACUUAAGGUGACUUUUGAUGAAUUAGAUCAUAGGGAAAAGACUAUAUUCUUGGAUAUUGUUUGCUUUUUCAAUGGGAUGGCCAAAGGCCCUGUCAUACAAAUUUUAGAAAUUUUGGAUGAGGAUCUUCACCCAACAAUUGGAAUAGAGGUUCUUAUUGACAAAUCACUGGUAAUCAAUUCAGAAGGGUAUUUGUGGGUGCACCAUAUACUUCGAGAUAUGAGUAAAUAUAUAGUCUCUCAAGCAUCACCUAAUGAUGCUGGCAAGCGUUCUAGGAUAUUGUCUUUGAAGGAUGCCAAUGAUGUAUUAGAAGGAAAUAAGCGGACAGGAGCAAUUCGGCGUAUAGUCAUAAUAGUAGAAGAAACAUUUAAUGCACUUUGGAAUCCUGACGCCUUCUCAAGGAUGAUCAAUCUCAAAUUACUUGUCAUUUCAAGCCGCUCACAUAUUUCUCAUUGUCAUUUGAAUCUUUCGCGUGGAAUUAAGUCCCUUCCCAAUGGGCUGAAAGUCUUAGCAUGGGAUGGGUAUCCUUUAGAUUCUCUGCCCAAUCAAACAAAACUCCAUGAACUUCUUGUUCUAAAAAUGCAACAUAGCAAGUUAAAAGAACUUUGGAGGGGAGCACGGUUACACCAGUCUCUUGGGCAACAUAAGAAUCUUGUUAUUGUUAAUUUGAAAGGCUGCAAAAAAGUUAGAACCCUUCCAAGAAAAUUUGAGAUGGAUCGCUUAAAGAUUUUUGCUCUAUUUGGUUGUUCAAAAAUUAGAAAACUUCCUGAGUUUGAAAGGGAUAUGAAAUGUCUCUCUACACUUGAUUUAGAGAACACUGCUAUAUCCAAACUACCUGAAUCAUUAGGCAAUUUGAUUGGUCUUGUUGAAUUAAAUUUGACGGGUUGCACAAAUCUUGUUUGCCCUCCAAAUAAUGUUCGUAAAUUCAUAGCUAGGGAGAUUAUCAAAAUUUUGGGUUGGUCAAACCUUUCAAGGAUGCCAGAGGAUUUGAAUGAAAAUGGGACUUUUGGAAGUGCUUGA